CACCCCCGAGGGUUGCUAUCCCACGCACUCAGGACUAGUGAGUGUUUGCUCUUUGCAUGCCCAGGUCCCUACCCUGCCCCGGCCCUAACUGCGCUGCUCCAGUGUCGGAGCGAAGAUUGGAAGGUUAACCAGGCCUAUAGAGAAGUGCUGCAUGGUCCCUCUGCCCUGUUGGUGUAUGACCUGUUGUAUUCAGAAAACAAGUUCACAGCACCCCACCGCUCGUCCCUAAAUUCCAAUACUUCAUCGCUUCGCACAAUACAUCCUCCUCUUCCUGGCUGCCUCUCUGUUUUCUUCUCUGAUCAUUCCAUAUAUUUAUUCUCCACGCCACCCAGCUUGUUCCAUGACUUCUGGCCUGUCACCAUGGCAUACAAAUCACGCUUUUCAUUCUGGGAGCAAAAGGUUAAAGUUGAGAACAAGCCAGAUUCUGAUGUAGAUAGUAGUCAGCCUCAGGCAGUCACUAAACCUGGGCUAGACACAGGAAGUGGUCGACAGUCAACUGCACCAACAGCUGAAGCAUCCAAUAGUAACGUUACCAUGGUUGGUCCAGACACUCCAGGUGAGGAGCAGAGUCCUAGUGGUAAAAAGGUGGUGAGGGUCAUAAGAAGAGUUGUUAGACGUGUGGUUCCUGCCGGGACAGAGGAGCAGAACCAGCCUGCUGUUCCGGAGUCUGCUAAGGCCGUGCCCAAAACCAGUAAGGCUGCUGGGGAGGAUAAGGAUGAUAUCUCCAUGGGCCUGACAAGCCUAAUGGGCAGAGGUCGGACCAAGGAGCACCGGCCUCGCACCCGCACCCAGGACCGCAAAGAGGACGUGAAAGAAGAGGCGAAGCAGGAGGAGGAGGAGAAGGGAAAGGCGGAGGAAGAGGAGGAAAAACCUACAGUGGAAAAAAAAGAGGAGUCCACACCCACAUCUGCACCUGCUAAUUCAGUACCAGACCCCACACCACCAAAGUCUAACCCGCUCACUCCUCCACCUGGGUUCAUCCCUGCACCCAAACCUGACCCUUUGGCCCCACCUGCUGGUUUCAUCCCUGCACCCAAACAGAAUGUCUUGACUCCCCCUCCUGGUUUCAUCCCUGCCAGAAAAUCCAGCCCAGUGCCACCAAAACAGAAUCUCCUCUCAAGACCUCCAGGAUUCAUUCCCAUCCCAAAAACAGACCCCCUGGCUCCUCCUGCAGGGUUCAUCCCAAAGCCCCGUGUAAUUGGUGUAAAGAAACCGGAGGUAAAGGAGACUUCAUGUCCCCCCACGGCCCCCAAUGGUAAGCCGUCCUCUGUAGCACUGUCCCAGACCCAGCCUGCACCAAAUGAACAGGUCCCAGGGCUGAUUCCCACUGAGGAAGAUUACAAACGUGUGAGGAGGAUCUUCACCGUCAACGGCAAUGAUCGUGCCAGAGGCCACAAAUCCUCUCAGUCCAAGCCUGUCGAAGACCCUGUGGCCAUCCUUCAGGCAGCACACUCAGCUGCAGCUCAGGGAAAAACUGAGGAACAGAUAACAGCAGAGAAAGCCUGGUACAACACGGAAAAAGUAUGGCUUGUCCACAAGGAUGGAUUUUCCUUGGCAACUCUCCUGAAGACGGAGGCAGGCAGCCUGCCAGAGGGGAAGGUGAAAAUCCGCCUGGAGAGUGAUGGAUCUUUAUUGGAUGUGGAUGAAGACGAUGUAGAAAAGGCAAACCCUCCGUUGUUUGACCGAGUGGAAGACCUGGCCUCUCUGCAGUAUUUAAAUGAGUCGAGCGUGAUGCACUCCCUGCGGCAGCGCUACGGCGGUAACCUGGUGCACACCCACGCUGGGCCGAACAUGGUGGUCAUUAACCCCAUUAGUGCCCCCUCAAUGUACUCUGAGAAGGUGAUGCAAAUGUUUAAAGGCUGCAGGAGGGAAGAUACCGCCCCUCACAUUUACAGCAUGGCCCAGGCUGCAUACAGAAACCUCUUGACAACUCGCCAAGAUCAGUCCAUUGUCUUGCUGGGCAAGAGUGGUAGUGGCAAGACCACCAACUGUCAACACAUCAUCCAAUAUCUCGUUACUAUUGCUGGCAGCACCAACAAAACCUUCUCCACAGAGAAAUGGCAGGCGGUCUACACAGCGUUGGAGGCAUUUGGAAAUGCGUCUACCUGUAUGAAUGGGAAUGCUAGUCGCUUCUCCCAUAUUGUUUCCUUGGAUUUUGACCAGGCAGGCCUGGUGACAUCAGCCUCUAUCCAGACUAUGCUCCUGGAGAAGAUGAGGGUGACUAGAAGACCAGAGGGAGAGUCCACUUUUAAUGUCUUUUACUAUCUGAUGGCUGGAGUGGACAGUUCUCUUAGAACUGAGCUGCACCUCAACCACUUUGCUGAAAACAGUGCAUUUGGAAUCAUGCCUCAGACAAAGACGGAGGAUAAGCAGCGGGCCUCCCAGCAGUUUUCCAAGCUGCAAGCAGCCAUGAAGGUUCUGGGGAUCAGCAGUGAUGAGCAGAGGGCCUUCUGGCUUGUCCUUGGGGCCAUUUACCAUCUUGGAGCUGCAGGAGCUACGAAGGCUGGCAGGAAACAAUUUGCACGUCAUGAGUGGGCCCAGAAGGCGGCCUACCUGCUGGGCUGCACCCUGGAGGAGCUCUCCUCCUCCAUCUUCAAGCACCAGGCCAAGGGCACCCUGCCCAGAACUAGCACCAUUCGCCAGGCUUCUGACGAAAAUGGCACAGCAGAUGCAGGAUCCAAGGCUACAGCCAUGGAGUGUUUGGAGGCCAUGGCAUCCGGGCUUUACUCUGAACUCUUCACUAUCCUCAUUUCUUUAAUAAACCGGGCCUUGAAAUCCAGCCAGAACUCCCUGUGCUCUCUGCUCAUUGUGGACACACCAGGCUUUCAAAACCCCAGGCUGGCAAAGCGCGAAUGCGGCGCAACCUUUGAGGACCUCUGCCACAACUACACUCAAGAACGUCUGCAAACCCUCUUCUACCAGCGUACCUUUGUUCAGGAGUUGGAGAGAUACAAAGAGGAGAACAUAGAGCUCGCUUUGGAUGACACAGAUCCCAGCCCUUCUCUUUCUGUGGCAGUGGUAGACCAAGCCUCAAGCCAAGCACUGGUCCGUACAGUUCGAACAGAUGAGGCACGGGGCCUGUUGUGGCUAAUGGAAGAGGAGGCACUGCAGCCUGGGGGAUCAGAGGAAACGCUGUUGGGACGUCUCUUUAGCUACUAUGGACCUGCAGAGGGCGAGAGUAAAGGUCACACUUUCCUCUUGAAGAGUGAAAAGGAUAACCAUUUCCUGCUGGGGCACAGUCAUGGGACAGACUGGGUGGAGUAUGAUGUCUGUGGGUGGCUCAACUAUGCCAAGCAGAAUCCUGCCUCUACCAAUGCUGUGAGCCUUCUGCAGGACUCCCAGAAGAAGAUCAUCAGCUCACUGGUCAUGAGCCGAGCGGGUGGAGCCACUGUUUUGUCCGGUUCCAUAGCAGGCCUUGAGGGUGUUUCCCAGCUGUCCUUGCGACGGGCCACUAGCAUGAGAAAGACCUUCACCACAGGGGUGGCUGCUAUCAAGAAGAAGUCCUUGUGCAUCCAGAUAAAGCUUCAAGUGGAUGCUCUCCUUGACAUGGUGCGGAGGUCUAGGAUCCACUUUGUUCACUGCAUAUUGCCCAAGGCUGAUGCCCUCAAGGCUCUGAGUGGAUCCCUGUACAAAGGAGGGGAGAAUGACGCUCAAGGGGAGAGUGGAGAUCUGGGCUUAAUGCAGCUAGAUGUAGCCUUGCUCCGUGCCCAGCUGCGGGGCUCCAAGCUGCUCGAUUCUCUCAGGAUCCAUAGGCAAGGUUACCCUGAUCACAUGGUGUUCUCCGAGUUUCGACGGCGCUUUGACGUGCUAGCACCACACCUCACCAAGAAGCAUGGGCGGAAUUACAUAGUGAAGGACGAGAGGAGAGCUGUGGAGGAGCUACUGGAGUCCUUGGAUUUGGAGAAAAGCAGCUACCACAUGGGUUUGAGCAGGUUGUUCUUCAGAGCUGGCACUUUGGCUAAGCUGGAGGAACAGAGGGAUGAGCAGACCAAGCGUAAUCUGACCCUGUUCCAAGCUGCAUGUAGAGGCUACCUGGCACGACAAGCCUUCAAGAAAAGAAAGAUUCAGGACCUAGCGAUCCGUUGCAUCCAGAAAAACAUCAAGAAGAACCGCGGUGUGAAGGACUGGCCAUGGUGGAAACUCUUCACCACAGUCCAGCCCCUUAUUAAGGUCCAGCUCACCGAGGAGCAGAUGCGAAGCAAAGACGAGGAGAUACAGCAGCAGAAAUCGAAGCUCGAGAGGGUGGAGAAGGAGCGAAAUGAGCUGAGACUGAACACGGAUCGAUUGGAGAGCAGGAUCGCAGACUUGUUGGCAGAGCUUGCCGAUGAGAGAAGCACUAGUGAGUCAGCAUCCCAGUUAUUGGAGACUGAGACCUCAGAGAGACUCCAUCUGGAGAAGGACAUGAAGGAUCUGCAGGCUAAAUUCGAUGCCAUGAAGAAACAAUUAGAAUCACAGGAGAUGGAGCUGAUGGAAGCUCGGCUCAUGAAAACAUCAGAGCUCAAUGGGGAGAUGGACGACGACGACGAUGCUGGAGGCGAGUGGCGGAUAAAAUACAACCGAGCCGUUCGUGAAAUGGACUUCACAAAAAAGAAACUCCAGCAGGAGUUUGAUGACAAGCUGGACACAGAGCAGCAGAGCAAAAGACAACUUGAGAGAAAGUUGGCUGAUUUGCAGACAGAUAAUGAGGAUGUGCAGCGCUCUGUGCAGCAGCUGAAGAAGAAGUGCCAGAAACUGAUGGCAGAGCUGCAGGACACCAAGCUUCACCUAGAGGGACUACAGAGCCGCAACCAUGAUCUGGAGAAGAAACAGAGGAAAUUUGACCUGGAGCAGAACCAGGCUCAGGCUGAGGUACAAAGAGAAAAGAGCCAGAGGGAGAAGUUGGCUCGAGAGAAAGACAUAAUGACUGCUGAGGUGUUUAACCUCCGCCAGCAGCUGCAGGACAAGGAUAGUGAAUUGUGCACCGCAAAUAUGAAGGUGCAGCAGCUGGAGGCAGAGCUGCAGGAUCUGUCCUCCCAGGAGACCAAGGAUGAAGCAUCGCUGGCCAAGGUCAAGAAGCAGCUUCGUGACCUCGAGGCCAAGGUGAAAGACCAGGAGGAGGAGCUGGACGAACAGGCUGGAACCAUCCAGAUGCUGGAGCAGGCAAAGCUGCGGCUUGAGAUGGAGAUGGAGAGACAGCGGCAGACCCACUCUAAAGAGAUUGAGAGUAAGGAUGAGGAGGUAGAGGAGAUCAGGCGAUCCUGCAGCAAGAAGCUGAAACAGAUGGAGGUACAGCUGGAGGAAGAGUAUGAAGACAAGCAGAAAGUGUUGCGUGAGAGGAGGGAGCUGGAGUCCAAACUGCUGAGCACCCAGGACCAGGUGAGCCAGAGGGAUGUGGAGACAGAGAAGAGGCUGAGGAAAGACCUGAAGAGAACCAAAGUCCUUCUGGCUGACGCACAGAUAAUGCUGGACCACCUGAAGAGCAACGCCCCCAGCAAGAGAGAGAUCGCCCAGCUGAAAAAUCAACUGGAGGAGUCAGAGUUCACCUCUGCAGCAGCAGUGAAGGCUCGAAAGAGCAUGGAGAUUGAAAUAGAGGACUUGCAUAUCCAAAUGGAGGACGUGGUCAAAACUAAGAUGUCGUUGGAGGAGCAGGUCAGCCGUCUACAGAGAGAGAAGAAUGACUUGCAGUCUCGUAUGGAGGAGGAUCAGGAGGACAUGAAUGAGCUGAUGAAAAAACACAAAGCCGCAGUCGCCCAGUCUGCCAGGGACUUGAGCCAGAUCACUGACCUGCAGGCCCAGCUGGAAGAGGCCACAAAGGAGAAGCAAGAGAUCCAAGAAAAGCUUCAUUCGCUGCAGAGCCAGCUCGAGUUCCAAGAACAGUCCAUGGUGGAAAAGUCUCUCGUGAGCCGUCAGGAGGCCAAGAUCCGCGAGUUGGAGACCAAGCUGGAGUAUGAGAGGACACAGAUCAAACGCUUGGAGAGCCUGGUGGGUCGUCUUAAGGAGAAUCUCGAAAAGAUGACUGAGGAGAGAAACCAACGCAUUGCCGCAGAAAACAGGGAGAAGGAGCAGAAUAAGCGAAUGCAGAGGCAGAUGAGGGACAUAAAAGAAGAAAUGGCCGAGCUGUCCAAGAAGGAGGGCGAAGCGAGCCGAAAGAAGCACGAGCUGGAAAUGGACAUUGAGAGCUUAGAGGCAGCAAAUCAGAGCUUACAAGUGGACCUUAAGCUUGCCUUCAAGAGGAUAGGUGACCUGCAGGCUGCUAUAGAGGAUGAGAUGGAGAGUGAUGACAACGAUGACUUAAUCAACAGUUUGCAAGACAUGGUGACAAAAUAUCAGAAAAGAAAGAACAAAACUGGGGAUGAGACAGAAACGGAUUCAGAGGUGGAGGACCGUGUGGAUGGAGUUAAGUCUUGGCUCUCGAAGAACAAAGGCUCCACCAAGGCCCUGUCAGAUGAGGGAAGCCUGAAGAGUGCCAGAUAUGCAGCAGCAAAUGCAGACGGCAAGGACAUGAAAGAAGGUAAGGAGAAGAUGACUGACAUCAGUAAAGAUGGGAAAGAAGUAGAGCAGAGCAGAUCAGUGUCUGUCAUGAGUUCCCUAAGCUACAGGAAGCGCUCCAACCUGAAAGACUCCAUAGGGGGGACAGGUGAUGAGAGCUCCUUGUUUAGCACUCUCAAAGAACAGCCUGACGUGCCAGACCAUGCCUCAAUUCGUAAAGCCAAGUCUAAGUCUGGAGAGCUCCAGGAGGACUGGAAGAAGAGCCAGGCACAGGAAGACUUAGACGACAAAGGCUCUGUUAUCUCCAUGGCUUAUUCUGAGGCCACCAGCAGAGCCAGGAAGGGCCUGGAGUCCCGCUGGACCUCCCGCAGCAGCCCUGAGUUCGAUAAGGAGUCCAUGGUGUCAUCUGUCGCUCCCAGCAGGAUGUCCACCAGGAGGGGGAUGUUGGACAUGGAUGAUGACAAUAAGUCAACUAUCAGCAGUGUGAGUCGUUCAAGCCCCCGAUCGCUGCAUCGCAGCAGUUCUUGGAAGGAUGACAGACGCAGCAGCUCACGCUUGUCAGUUGCUCGCAGCUGUGGCCUCAGCGAAUUUGGCCUGCAUGUAGAUGAUGAUGACGAAGAUGAUGAUGGCAAGAGUGCCGCUUUUAGUGAAGGGGGAACCUCAGCCUACAGCCCUCGCUCCUCCCUGAGCCGCAGCUUUUCAACCCCAGCUCAGCCACACUCGUCAGACAGCAACCUGGGCGAUACAUCUGACAUUAAAACAGUCACCCACCGCAACUACUUAGAUCCUGACUUGGAGGCUGCAAUCAAUGAGGUGCUCAGCUUCAAACCCAUCAAAUUCAAGCGCAGCAAACUCGAUGAGUCUAGUGGUGAGGACGAGGAUGCGAAGAAGGCUCCGGGAAGUGAGGACAGUAGGAAGAAGGGAGAUGACGAGGGGCUCGGCUGCAGCACGUCCAGCCUGCGGCGCUCCGCAUCAGGCUCCGCUCUGGACUACAGCAACCGACCGUCCAGCACCCUCAGCACCAGCAGCUCCCGCAGUCGCAAAGAUAAAAAGAGUAAAGCCUCUCCAUCAGAUGACUCCUCAUCAGAUGAUCGUCACAGCAGAAAGAGCUCAAGGAAGAAGAAGGGCAAGAAGUCCAAGAAGAGAUCUAAGAAGCAAAGCGAGUCUGAAGAUUCCUCCUCCUCUUCAGAGUCAUCAGAAUCCUCCUCCUCCUCCUCCUCUUCCGACUCAACCAUCUCCUACCGCAGCUCCAGCAGUAUUAAAAGAGCCCCAAAACCCCCAUCUGAUGAUGAUGAGAAGGAGCGUGCAGGUCGUGGGUCAUCUAGCAAGAAGGAAUCCAAGAAGAAACAGAAGAAGAUGGAUAGCUUGGUGAUGAAGUACCUCUACAGGCCUGACAGUGACUGAUACCAACAGCAGAAGCCCUCCUGUGUACCGGAGACACCUGACUGUUGCCAGAUCUGAUGAAGAGGAUGAGGCCGACAGAGACUCCAGCAGGCAGUUACUGAAGCAGAGUGACAGCGAAGGCUUAUUGGGGGAGAGCACAUCGUAACCCAAAGUCAGGCAACGUCAUACUUUCAGUGACACACAAACACACAGGAGGGACACGAUUUACCACCACUUCCCAGCCACCAAUGACAGAAA